CCCAUAUUUUUGGACUCUUCCGACGAAACUUCCUCUACAAAACACAUUUUGCCAUUCUUGCAAGACUUGACCCUACUCUUCUGCACCUUCCCCUUUCUCUUUUAUAAUUCAAUCAAUUUAAUUUUUAUUUUCACCUUUCUUUCAUAAAUACAUUACCCACAUUUUACAUUUAUCUCUCAUUAUCCUAUAAAAUUUCCACAAAACAAAUAUCAACGUACAUGCACUUCCUUGUGUAUAUAUAAACUCCAACCCCAUCUCUUCAUAAAGCAACAAAAACUUAACCCAUUUCUCUUUAUUUCUUUCUUUAAUUGUUCUUCUCUCUCUCAGAAACUCAAACAAAAAUGGAUUACAGCUGUGUAGACGACAGUAGUACAACGUCAGAAUCUCUCUCCAUCUCUACUCCGAAGCCGACAACGACGACGGAGAAACUCUCUUCUCCUCCGGCCACGAUGCGUCUCUACAGAAUGGGAAGCGGCGGAAGCAGCGUCGUUUUGGAUUCAGAGAACGGCGUCGAGACCGAGUCACGAAAGCUCCCGUCGUCGAAAUACAAAGGUGUUGUGCCUCAACCUAACGGAAGAUGGGGAGCUCAGAUUUACGAGAAGCAUCAGCGAGUUUGGCUCGGUACUUUCAACGAAGAAGAAGAAGCCGCGACUUCUUACGACAUCGCCGCUAGGAGAUUCCGUGGCCGUGACGCCGUCACUAAUUUCAAAUCUCAAGUUGAUGGAAACGAAGCCGAAUCGGCUUUUCUUGACGCUCAUUCUAAAGCUGAGAUCGUUGAUAUGUUGAGGAAACACACUUACGCCGAUGAGUUUGAGCAGAGCAAACGGAAAUUUGUUAACGGUAAGGGAAGACACUGUGGAUCGGAGACGGCGAUGCAAGGAAACGACGCAGUUUUGAGAGCGCGUGAGGUUUUGUUCGAGAAGACUGUAACGCCGAGUGACGUCGGGAAGCUGAAUCGUUUAGUGAUACCGAAACAACACGCGGAGAAGCAUUUUCCGUUACCGGCGACGACGACGGCGAUGGGGAUGAGUCCGUCUCCGACGAAAGGCGUUUUGAUUAACUUGGAAGACAGAACAGGGAAAGUGUGGCGGUUCCGUUACAGUUACUGGAACAGCAGUCAAAGUUACGUGUUGACCAAGGGCUGGAGCCGGUUCGUUAAAGAGAAGAAUCUCAGAGCCGGUGAUGUGGUUUGCUUCGAGAGAUCAACCGGACCAGACCGGCAAUUGUAUAUCGACUGGAAAGUCCGGUCUAGUCCGGUACAGACUGUGGUUAGGCUAUUCGGAGUCAACAUUUUUAAUGUGAGUAACGAGAAACCAAACGACGUCGCAGUAGAGUGCGGUGGCAAGAGAUCUCGGGAAGUUGAUUUGUUUUCGUUAGGGUGUUCCAAGAAGCAGGCGAUUAUCAAUGUCUUGUGACAAUUUUUUCUUUUUUUCUUUUUUUCAAUUUUUUUCUCCUUGUUCAAUAUUUUCUAUUAAAUUGGCAAGUUGUAAAUUAGGACAAGACAAGAAAUAUGACAACUAGACAAAAUAGUUUUUGUUUACAUCUAAUUUAGGGUUUGUUUUUCAACCUUGCUGGAAUAUGAUAUGUGUUUUCCUCCUUAAUCUAAUAAUCUUAUUUAAUCUAA